AUGGUUCAUGGAGCCGUCAUUUCUUAUCAUGGCCGGUGGUUUACUACCUUUGGAUCAAUUUUCAUUGAGUUGUAUUUUGUGUUCACAUCAUUUUGGGCGUACAAAAUAUACUUUGUUUUUGGUUUCACCCUACUUGUACUAUUUCUUCUUAUUGCUGUAACAUCGUCUGUCACAGUUGUGGGGACUUAUUUCUUGUUAAAUUCUGAGGAUUAUCGUUGGCAAUGGACAAGUUUUCUUUCCGGUGCAUCUAUCGCGUUUUAUGCAUACUUGUAUGCUAUUUACUAUUACUUCUUUAAGACAAAGAUGUUUGGUGUGUUUCAAACAACUUUCUACUUCAGUUAUAUGGCAUUGUUCUGCCUACUCAUGGGGGUACUUUGUGGUUCAGUUGGAUACAUGGCCGCAAAUCGGUUUGUCCGUAAGAUAUACUCGACUGUGAAAGUGGAUUAA